AUGAUCUGGGCACGCCGAUACUCGCGCUUCCUCGAAAGGCUUCUGACUGUGCCGGGCACCAAAGUCCCAAUCGGACCAGGCGUCGGCAUGGACGCAGUACCCUUCGCCGGAGGAUCUGUCCUCGCCGUGAUCAGCACAAUGGUUUUUACCAUCCUCUCGCGCAUCGCUGGUAUUCCGGUUCGCAUUUAUCGAGAGAACCUCAUGACGAUCGCGGGGGAUGGUGUAGUCACCUCCGUUCCAGGCAUAGGCUUUGUGGCUGGAUUCUUCAUCCAACCCAAUCUGAGGGUCGCCUGGCAGGUCGCGUGUUAUGCGUGGUUUCUGGAUGUUCUCAAAGAUUGUGAAGAGGUGGAGGUCGAUCCACUUUACUACAGGAGUAAAAGGCUGGAGGAGCUGUUUGGAGUGGGCGCGGAUUUGCGAUUGAGCGCCGACAUCAAGGCGGCUGUUGGUACGUAG